AUGAUAUUAGCCAAUUACGUAUACUCCCUUUUACGGGCAGCAUUAGCAAUUGCAUUCAUAGAUCAAACUCCAGGUGUGGUGGCAGACGAUUUUGAGCACGUGCCCACGACUACGGUAGUUGACAUUCUUUCCUCUCAAGUGCAGUUUAGCAAAUUCUUAAGAGUUAUUCAGCGCAAUGGACUGGUUCCUUUACUGAAUCAGAUGGACAAUUUUACGUUAGUUGCUCCUAUUAAUUCGGCUUUUUUACCGUCCGAUCUAAAUGCCUUUGACUCUGAGGAGCUGAAACGGUACUUGAUCCCAUACGUCAUUUACUCCGAUUCUUUCGAAGGGGUUCGAAUAUUUCCCAAUUUAGUCAACAAUCCGACCAGCUUCACUAGCUUUGAUGAGUAUGGUGAGUUUAAAGUAUCAAAUAUCAGCAUAGUUGAACCCGAUCUAGAAGCAGAGUCUCAGGAUGCGGUUGUCCAAGGUGUUGAGGAGCUGCUAUCCCCUGUGGAUGACUUGUACGCUACAUUGAGUGAAAAGGGAGACUUCGGUGAAAUACUCCGUGCUUCUACAAUUGAUUCAGAUUUCCUUAAUAAUGUGACCUGCUUUUUGCCACGGAAGCUACCGUACAAUGAAGUAGAAUUUUCGUACCUUACCUCACAGUAUGCAAAUGAGGAUCAGAAAACGUUUUUGUUUCAUCAUCUAGUGCCAGGAAUUUAUGGGGGUGAUGUCAACACAUCUUUGGUAAAUUUGAAUGGUGAUAUCGUUGAUUUUUCAUCUGUUGAUCACGGCCUUGAAAUCUCUCUAAAUGAUACAUUCCUAUCAACAGAAGCAAAUGUAUUAGCGUCAAAUGGUAUUAUACACGAAUUUUCUACAAACUUGUUCAAAGGAUUUCCACAUUUCACCCCUUUAAAGGUUCUUUAUGGAUUGAAUGAAUCAGAGUUUGUCGAUGAAAUAAUUUUCCGAAAGCUCUCUUAUCUUAUUGAUGAUCCGAGCCUAAAUCAGACUAUUUUCAUUCCCAGAGUAACCGAUAAUGACGAUGAUACCGAAAAUUUUCAACCUUAUGGAGUAAACAAGAACAACAUACUUUACCAAUUUGCUGAAGGUCAGCUGUCAGGCAAUUCUGAGCUUUUGGAUUCCAAGUAUUGUCCCUCAAAGAUUGGUGGUUGUCAAAAGCUCAAAUUGAAUCUCAUCGGACAUGAUCUUUUUAUUAACAACCUUGUUGUUGUGGACAGUUCAUCAUACAAAAUAGGAAAUACCUCCAUUUUUUACAUUGAUGAAGCUUUGACUACCCCGUCGUCUUUGGGGACUGCUGUUGGGUCUUAUUUUCAUUGUUCUAGAUCUUUACAAUUUCUGGAAGAUUUAGAUCUGCUUCAUUUUCCCAAAUCAAAAGGGUACACUGUUUUACUACCAUGCUUCAAUUCAUGGAACAAUUUGGGACUUACAUUAGACUACCUAAGGUCGAACAAGACUGCUUUGGCCCUGGUCUUAGAGAAUCUUAUCAUUGAUGGUCCUAUAUAUAGUGAUUUCGUGGGAACGGUGGAGUCUACAAGCAUUGCUAACGAACCUGUCAUAUUAACUAUUGAGCCUGACGACGAUCAAGAUGGUAUUACAAAAUUGAAAGUCAAUGACACUGAACUUGACUUGCGAAAGUAUACAGAUAUCUUGUUCGAUGUAGGUGUUGUUCAUCCAGUUUCUGAGAUCAUCCUACCCGAAUCGUUGGAUAUAAAGCUUCAACAACUACUGACUGUUGUAGAUUCUACCAUUUUCCAGGACAUUUUAAGCUGGUCUAAUUUGACCGAGAUACUUGAAGAAGACGGAUAUUCGAUUCUUCUUCCCACAAAAGAAUCAUUGGAGUCUUCAAACAUCACUUUAUUUUCCAACCCGAGCUACCUAAAAUCAUUUAUUGCUCUUCAUAUACUUCCUCCUGGGUCCUUGGAUAAACUUAUCGAUUGUGAAAAUCGAAUUCCUACCCUGUUGAAUAACACCAAUUUAUCUUGUCGACGGGUAUCCAAAGAUUCAGUUACAUUGCAGAUUGUUGAAGGUAAGGAUAAGGAAGUGAGAGUGAUCAAUAAAGGAUGUACUAAAAGAACUCUACAUCAUGAGUCCGUUCAUCCAGGACGCUACAACAAAUCGUCAUGCCUAUUGAUCUUAGAUAGGCCUAUUGAUCCUAAUUGGCUAUUUGAUGAUCCAAACAAAGUACCAAUGAUUCACCUGCCAAUGGUUGCAGUUAGUAUUGGGGUUCUUAUUGGAAUUCUUUUCAUAUCUGCAAUCCUUUCAUGUUGUGUGUUGUGCAUUUUCAGGACGGACAAGAAUACUGACGAAGAACAACCAUUAAUUGAAGAGACUCUUGAGGAAAAUGAAGAGCGUAGAAGACUAGAGGCCCACCAUCACAAUUAUCAUUCUACUGAGCACGGUAAUAUCGAGGAUAAUACCAAUAGCUCUGGAGCCGAAGGGCAGAAAACUUCCCCCAGUACCGAAUUUUCCGAAGGUAACUAUUCAGAACACUCAAAAAGCAAACCGAUACCAGUAUGA